UCCUCCUCUCUCCCUCUCGCCGUCUCGCGCGCCUCGCUUUUGCGCUUUUCUCCCCGCCGCGAUGGCCACCGGCGAGGCGGCGGCGGAGGCGGCGGCGUUGGGCGGGGAGAAGCGGGCGGCGCUGCUGCGGGAGAUCACGGAGGAAGGCGGGUUCGCGUUCGCGGCGUCCGCGGAGAAGGCGGCCUCCGGGGACCUCCGCGCGGCGGAGGCGGCGCGGGAGAUGGCGUGGGAGCAGCUACACUCGAGCCCGAGGAGCGAGGUCGGGCGCGCGUGGAGGGACGCCUACGCGCUCGCGUGCCUCCACGUGGCCGCGCUCCGGCUCCGCGACGACCCCCGCGCCGCGCUCCGGGCGCUCGACAUGGGCCUCAUCAUGGGCGGCGACCUCCUCCGCGCCGAGCUGGAUGAAGCUAUCGCGCAGGUGCUCGGCGACCGUAGCCGCGAAGACGGCGGCGGUGGCGACGGCGCGGGAGGAACUGGAGCAGACGUUGUGAAGUGGAUGGAAGGCCUAACAAGGAACCGAGACCUCGCCGAUGUGCUUAAAGUUCUGCCAGUGAAGUCCUUAUCUUGUAAGCAAAUCGAGAGGCGAUCAUGCAUUUCUUUGGAGGCAUUUAUACAUGAUUACUUUUUAUGUGAGUCCCCUGUUAUACUCAGUGGCUGCAUUGAUCACUGGCCUGCACGGACAAAGUGGAAGGACAUAAGAUACCUAGAGAGGACUGCGGGGGAUCGGACUGUUCCUGUUGAGGUUGGAAAUAAAUAUGUGUCUAGUGAGUGGAAACAGGAGCUUAUCACAUUUUCUCAGUUUCUUGAGAGGGUGUGGUCAUCUGAUUAUUCUGCAAACUUGACAUAUCUAGCGCAGCAUCCACUGUUUGACCAGAUAAAAGAACUCCAUGAAGACAUAAUUGUUCCCGAAUAUUGUAAUGCUGGUGGUGGGGAACUCCAAACGCUCAAUGCCUGGUUUGGUCCUGGUGGGACAGUCACGCCAUUGCAUCACGACCUGCAUCAUAACCUUUUUGCUCAGGUAUUGGGCAGGAAAUAUUUUAGACUCUAUUCUUCUACCAUCUCCAGUGACCUUUACCCUCACAGAGAAACUAUGCUAAGCAAUACUAGUCAGGUAGAUCUUGACAACAUUGACGUAAAUGAGUUCCCGAGGAUAGGAGAAGUUGAAUUCAUCGACGGCAUAUUGGAGGAGGGUGACCUGCUUUACAUUCCACCAAAAUGGUGGCAUUACGUUAGAUCUCUUUGUACUAGUUUCUCUGUUAGCUUCUGGUGGCGAACGUCAAUUCCUCCUCGGGGUUCAUAAUGUUAUUGUUUCGAUCAUCCAUGAUGUUUUCUAUCACCAGAUGGUAGAAACCCAAGAAAAGAACUUAACUGAAUCCA